UUUGUUCCUUGCAAUUGCAACACUCUUCUCUCCCCAAAACUCUAAAAUAGAGGCAGUCCAGAAUUCAGCAGGGUAAUGUGAAUUCCUUUUCUCUUUAUCCCUUUCCUUCUUUGUGAGCACUGCACAUUAAUUUGUUGAAACUUCUUUUCAUCCAGAUCUACUUCUCUCUCUGCCUCUGCAUUACCCUGUUUGUAAUUUGCUGCAAAAUGAGUAAAGAUGAAUUCUUGAAGAUCCAGACUUGUGUUCUUAAAGUCAAUAUACACUGUGAUGGCUGUAAGCAUAAAGUGAAGAAAAUCUUGCAGAAGAUUGAAGGUGUAUACACUACUAAAAUAGAUUCAGAGCAAGGGAAGGUAACAGUUUCUGGUAAUGUUGAUCCAAACACACUGAUUAAGAAGCUAAUCAAGAAUGGGAAGCAUGCUGAGUUAUGGGGUGCAAAGCCCUCCAACAACAACAAUCAAAACCACCUCAACAACCAGUUCAAAAAUCUUCAAAUCGACCAUGGUGGCAAAGGCGGCGGUGGUGGGAAUAAAGGGCAGGGCCAAAAGGGUGGGGGAAACAAUCAGCCCAAGGGUGGUGGUGGAGGAGGCCCCCCGGGGCAUAAUCAGCCGCUGCAGCAGAUGAAGGGGUUUCAGGAUAUGAAGAUGCUGCCGCAGUUCAUGAAGGAUGUGAAGAUGGCACCUAACAGUGGCAGCAAGGAUCAGAAUGCGAAGUCGGUCAAGUUCAAGCUGCCCCAGGAAGAGGACCUGAGUGAUGAUGAUUAUGAUGACGAUGAUUUUGAUGAUGAUGAUUUUGAUGAUGAUGAGCUCGAUGAUGACAUGGAUCAUGCGCCCUUAAAUAAGAUGAAGCCGGUGAUUGGGGGUGGCCAUGGUGGCCCACAAAUGCCUCCAGGGAUGAUGAUGCAAAAUAUGAUGAAUGGCCAGCUCCCGCAGAUGAUGAAGCCCGGUGGAAAUGCUGGUGGUGGUGGUGGGAAUGGGAAAAAGGGUGGGGGCGGUGGAAGUGGUAGCCUUCCUGUACAGAUGAACCACAAUGGGGGUGGGAAGAAGGGUGGUGGUGGCAAUGGUGGUGGUGGGAAUCAGAAUCAAGAUGGCGGUGGUCCGAAGGGUGGAAAGAAUGGUGGGGGCGGGGGCGGGGCCGGUCAGCAUGGUGGCGGGGGCAAUGCCGGCCAAAGUAAGAAUGGGGGUGGCAGCGGUGGUGGUGGAGGAGGCGGCGGGCUGCCAGGCAACGGGCACCAUUUCAUGCCUAAUGGGGCCAAAAAAAUGGGCGAUGGACCUCAUGGCAUGACUAACAUGAUGGCUAUGAGUGGUGGUGGUGGUAUGCCCAUGGGCCAAAUGGGGCAGCAUAUGGGAAAUCCACCACCAAUGGGGCAAAUGGGAAACCUCGCCGCUGUGCAAGGACUGCCGGCCGCUGCUCAUGGCGGUAAUGGGGCCGGUUACUUCCCUGGCGGCGGGCCCCCUGACCAUAUGGCAGGUGGCAACCCCUACUACCAGCAGCAGCUAGCGACCAUGAUGAUGAACCAGCAGAGGGCGAACGGGAACGAGAGGUUCCAGCCGAUGAUGUACGCCAGGCCACCCCCGGCAGUCAACUACAUGCCGGCGCCGUAUCCGCCCUACCCGUACCCUCCGCCACCCGGCGACCGGCCCGACCAGUAUGCCAUGUUCAGUGAUGAGAACACCAGUAGUUGUAGGGUGAUGUGAGGGAGAGAGAGGGAUGAAUCAAGUGCUGAAUAGUUCACAGUUUCUUGAAUUGCUAGUCUUGAUGCUAUAGUACUACAAAUGGAGAUGUUUUUACUUCAA